AUGUCCUCAGGUGCAGGACGAGAGCCCGUCUUCCCAACUCGACAGGCUUUGGGUCAGAUGAACAGCAAGCUCAAGGGUGCUCAGACAGGUCACAGCUUGCUCAAGAGGAAGAGUGAAGCCCUUACAAAGCGCUUUCGAGAGAUCCUCAAACGAAUCGAUGAGGCCAAGAGAAAGAUGGGCAGAGUCAUGCAAAUUGCAUCGUUCUCUCUCGCCGAAGUUACAUACGCCGUGGGCGGAGAUAUUGGCUACCAGAUCCAGGAGUCCGUCAAGAAUGCUCGGUUCAGAAUUAAGACCAAGCAGGAGAACGUCUCUGGUGUCUUUCUCCCUCAAUUUGAAGGUUUCACUAAGGACGAGAUCAAUGAUUUCGGCUUGACUGGUUUGGGAAAAGGUGGUCAGCAAGUACAAAGAUGUCGGGAGACAUACACCAGGGCUGUCGAAGCGCUUGUUGAGCUGGCGAGUCUCCAGACAGCUUUUGUCAUUCUGGAUGAGGUGAUUAAGGUGGUGAACAGAAGAGUCAACGCCAUUGAGCAUGUCAUCAUUCCACGAACCGAGAACACCAUAAAAUAUAUCAAUUCCGAACUCGAUGAGCUCGAUCGUGAGGAAUUCUACAGACUGAAGAAGGUCUCCAACAAGAAACAGCGCGAUCAAGCAGCUGCCGAUAAGGAAAUACUCGCACAGAGAGAGAAGAACAAACACAAGGAAGAACCUCAGAAAGUCGAGACAACCGAUGUGCUCGGUGAACAAGAAGAUGAAGAUGUCAUCUUUUGA